AUGCCGGUAUUUCACACGGCGAGUGCUUUCAAAACGCACCUUAAAGAGCAUGUCGGCCGUGAGCUGAAAUUCCCUAUGCAGUCGAAUCGAUUCAGAUGCGAUAUGGCGUUCGCGAAUGAAGAUGCAAGAUUUUUGCACGAAAAAGAGCACGCAAAAUCCAAAUCAUCGUAUGUUUUACCUGAUAUUUAUCGGAUUUGUUGUGUGCUAUGCGGAACGUCAAGUGGUUAUUGGUCGGUGCCAAUAUCACAGUUAUACCCUCCACUGGAACAUGCUUACAUUCAUGCAUUCUCAUUGUGGGCUAUGUGUCGAGAAUGCGGUCUUUGUUUCCCGAACGAAGUGAAGAAAGAGCAAUUCAUAAGUCACUAUCAACAAACGCAUUGGUUGAGUUCGUCAUCGAGAUGUGCUGUUUGCGAUAUACCGUUGGCUGGACAACAUGUUCAUUCCCAUGCUCUGAAAAGACAUUUUGUUAGUGCUAGGAAUAAAGACCGAUCGCAACAAACCGUUUGUUGUCACGGUAAGCGAAUCGCUGCUAAAUUCAUAUCUCGGUUUUGCGGUAUCGCAUAA